UAUUAUUCCAGUGAAGGCGGGAGGAUGAGAAGCAGAACUUGAUAGAAGUGUUGUUAGCUUUGUGUCUAACGGGUAAACAACAGUAGCGAAACUGGUGUGUAACGCCAGGCUUCACCGGAGUUAGUAAACAUCACCUCAGCAGCAUUUCCUAAAUAACUUUGCCUGGGUAAACUGAUAGUUCCGCUUCAGCUUUGAAGCUUACUCGGGGGGGCUGUCUGUCGAAGUUGCUAAGCUAUCGUUAGUUUCUAAACGUCAACUUUUGUUUCUUUUAACCUCCCUAGCUUAACCUAGCUGACUUUGACUGUUUCAGUGGAAUGGCCACAAGAAAACCUAAGGAAAAUGAUGCCAGCCUUCCUUUUGCUGCACUCCAGCUCCUGGCCCCGCCUGUGCGUCUGGUGUCUGCAGCCCUCUGGAAAGUGAUGAAGCAGAGGGAUGUGAUGCAGUAUGGGGUUUUGGAGGACUUUGUGACGUCAGCCUGCGAGACUGUCCCCGGGCUGCUCACCACGAGACACCAGGGCAAGCUGGCACUGGGGCUGAGAGGACGGUUAAUCUUGGAGCUGUGCUGUACACAGCCGGAUGAAAAGGUGAUUAUGCCACACCUGGAAAGGAUCCGUGCUCCUGCUGCCUCGUCAUCCUCCUCUGCUCCCGCUGUGAGGAGGGAUGUAAAAAUUGUAAAAACAGUGGAAAGUUUCCAUUCAUUGGUUCACACGCUGCUAAGAGACCCAACAGAGAGAGAACAGUUCUUCAAGGAGGAGUUCCCUCUGGAUUAUGGUCCAGAGUUUGACCAGGAACUGGAGAAGCUGCUGUGGGAGUUUUUGAUUCGACUGGACCAGUUGCUUCCAGUUCCCAACCUAGCUCAGACUGUGUCGUGGCUCAGUGAUGCCCCCCCUGUCCUGGAGGAGUGUGCGCGGGCAGCCACCCAACCCCAGCUCCUAAAGAUAUUGCUUCAACAUCAAACCUGUCUGGGUCAUCUGGAGACUGCAGCAUCCCUCCCUCCAAACAUGGGAGACUCCAUCCUGGCUUCACUCUCUCUGCCACCCUCUGGAAGAGUGCCUUCAAAUGAGCAAACGGGAGCCAAAAAGUCUGCUAUGGACCAGUCCAAUGGCACACAGACCAGAGAUAAAACACCAUUUAUUAAACCUGUUAUUGGACUAAUAUCUAAUGAAGACUUACCAGUUAUGAUCUCUGCCAAUAAAAGGACACUGAGAGGUGACGAUGCAACAAACGAGCACUUGGACCCAAAAGAGAACUUGAAAUUCACUGGGGUUAAACAGAGACAAAACCCCAGAGGUGAUGGAGUGAAAGAGGGUGGAGAACAAGUGGAGGAGGAGAGUAACGCGCCAAAAAGAAGCAGUGGAAUUAAACGCAAGCAACCUGACAAAAGAGAAAGUGAAUCCGAUGAGGAGGAAGAAGAGUUAGGCAUGACCAGAUCGAGGGAAAAGAGGAUAAGCAGGAGUUUGAGAAAUGGAGCAAGCAGGCUCAGGCAGGGUGGAGGUGACCAGAGUACAAAUGAGAGCGGAAGAAACGAGGAGUGUAACGGAGCAGUCCUGGAAACUUGUGUGACCUGUAUGGGUGUCAAAAGUCUGCGCCUCCCUGAAGAUCCAUCCGUCCGCUCCAUGUUUGUCUCUUGUCUGAACAGCCAACCCAGAGUUAUUAUUGAAAAACUGUCACUGACUUCUGCUGACAGGACUGAUAGAGGAGGAACAUCCUUACAGAAACAAAAACAGCAGAGUCAGAGGAGGACGUCGCCAGUCAAAGCACAUAAAAGCACGAGCAACCGACCUCAAAAGCCUGACUCGGAUUUUCCUGGCCUGGACGAUAAAGAAAAUCAUCCUGUAUUACCGAGUAUAAGCAGCUCUCCGUCUCAGCAACGGAGUAACACAGGUGAUUCAACAAAUCAUAGACGCUGGCCCUUCCAGGAGACGGUGAAGACUACGUAGCUGAUUCUGAGGAUGAGGCGACAAAGAACUUCAAAGGCAGGCUGUUUAUGAAGCGCUACUACAAGACCAAACACGGCACAUAUGUUCCCACUCUGAGGGAGUACUGGAAACCCAGGAUGACACGGCAGGCCUUGUCGUCUGCUGGCAGCAAACACAGAUGAUGAAAUGGAUUUUCAAAGUCUGGUGUUGGGGAAACUAACACCAGAGAAAUUCCAGAGGACUUUGACUGUAGCUAAGUUUUCUCCAGCAGUUAGUGACAGAAAAGCCAAAUAUAUUUUUAAAUGCACCAGCCACUGUGGCAGACAGACAUUUAUAUUAGUUAUCUUUCUCAUGAUGUUAAUAUUUCAUUGUGGCCGAAUCAGAUUGAUUUUUAACUUGAAUAAGUGGUCUUUCAUCAUAGAAAACAAGCCUUGAAAUGCCAUUGUCACUGAUUAUGGGCACUGUCAUGCAAAUAAAACUGUUAUUUUAAAUUGUCACUGCUCAUUUUGCUUGUAAAUAAAAAACAGACAAUA